UUGCUUGUUCACGUAUAUAUAUACACACACACUUCAUCACUUUCUACACAGCACAAAAUGAAGACCACAACUUCUCUCCAUGUCCUCUGCUUCCUUGCUCUCAUCUUUUAUCUUCCAUCUCUAAUUUCAAGCCAAGCCUGCCAAAGGACCUGUGACAAAAUACCCAUCAAUUACCCAUUUGGCACCGGCUCUGGCUGCGGCGAUCCACGCUUCCAAAAAUACUUUAACUGUGACCAGCAAAAGCUCAUCUUUACCACCCACACUGGCUGCUACCCAGUCACCAACAUAGACUAUGCUAACCAAGUCAUAUACAUCUCUGAUCCCUCCAUGUCUACUUGUUCAUGCACACAACCAAGCAAAGGCUUUGGCCUAGACUGGGAUGCUCCAUUCUCUUUUCAUGAUGACACUGUCUUCACUCUACUUGAUUGUUCAAUCGCUUCAUCACCUAUUUAUCAAUCAAAUGCCAGCUCUGUAAUUCCUGUGUGUGACAAAGAAGGCACACCCAUAUGUAGUUUUUUGUACUCUUGCAGGGCAAUUAGCAUGCUAAGUCUCCCGAUAUCUACCUGUUGUGUUUACACACCAGUCGAUCUCGGACCGGCCUUUGAGAUGGAUUUACAGAAGUUGCAAUGCUCUUCGUAUUCCGGGUUUUAUAGCUUCAGUGGGCAGGAAUCUAACCCUGAUAACUGGAAGUAUGGGAUUGCAUUGAAGUAUAAGUUUAAUGUGUACAAUGACUAUCCCAGCUCUUGUGCAGAUUGUGAAAGAAGUGGUGGCGCUUGUGGUUACAGUGGGAAUUACAAUUCCUUUAUUUGUAAUUGUCCCAAUGGGAUAAACACCACAUCAGACUGUGUCUUCUCAACUUAUAACGAUGCUUUAAAGUUUCUCCCAUGGCAGAGAGGGAUUUGGUUAACUUAUUUUAUGGCAUGGUUCAUGCUUUGAAGCUUGCCCUAGACUUUGAAGAUCAUGAAUAAACAAAAUUUACAACCUACAAACAGCAUAUGUUCUGGAGAUACAGCAUAUGUUCUGGAGAUAAAAU